AUGCUUAGCAGAGGUCUGCCGUGCUGGGCACACUCCCCAAACUUGCUGCAUGGCCACUCAGCCCCACCCCAGCCCUCUCCCUCUGCCUCCUGCCGCUCGUUCUUCGGGUCUCCUCAUGGCCCAACCUUCAUUCUCGUCCCGUUCCCUCCACCUCACCUGGCCAGGCUCGGGGAUGGACAAGCAAUUCAGAGCGCAGUCCGACCUGGCCACCUGGAGCUAGGUGACCCCCUGCUGGACUUGGGGAAGGAGCAGGAGACUACUCGCAAACCCGCCGGCGGGGGCGCUGUGGAGCCAGGUCACCAGGAUGCCCAGGCUGAGAACUGA